UUCUCCAUCACAAAAAAAUUAUCAAAGGUAAGUAAAAUGGGUGACCUUCACUCCAUUGCUUACAGCAACACUAGCUGCUCUUCCCUAGGAGGUUGGGAUUUCCAUGACCUUCAAGUUUUCAACACUCCAUUUAUGGAAAACACUCCACCAUUUCUGUCCAAUCUUGAUUCUGACUUCUCCAGUGGCUAUCUUCAAGAUGCUUUAUUCAAAUUCAGUUCUAAAAGAAGACGUUUGUUAUUGUUUGAUGAUAAUGAGAAUUAUCAAACUAAAGAUUCAAACAAUUCCAUAAAGAAUUUGUGGAGUUCCAACAUGGACCAACAAUUUUCUGAGGAUUAUGAUUCCUUUAGCCAGAUAACUAAGUGUGAUAGCUUUUCGGGGGAUCCUCCUAUGAGCAAAAUGAGUGAGGAAUAUUCCAAUAUUACAACAGAUGUGAAAAGAACAGAGGAGGAAGCCAUCUCAGCUUCUCAUGAAACUAACUAUUAUUCUUCAGCAUCAUCUCAUCAUCAAAAAGUCAACACUCAACACUCCAAUUCUGAUAAAGAAGCCCUACCACAAUAUACCAUGCACCCAAGUUUUCCUACUGGAGGAAGUGAUCAAAAGAGAUCAAAGAAAAGGAUGACAGCAAAAGUGGUGUAUCCAUUUGGCGUAGUGAAGCCAGGAGGACAGGAAGGGGACGUGACGUUAAACGACAUCAACGAGAGAAUUCUGAUGAGGCCGACCCGACCAGUAAGGCAUCCGGUCGGAGAUUUCGCCUGUCGGCCAACAGUAUCUCCGACCGGACCGGGGUUGUCCGGCAAGACUGUGGUGGCACUCACUAAAAUUCAUACCCAAGGGAGAGGGACAAUCACAAUUAUAAGGACUCGAGGUUGAGCAAAUAGAGGACCUAGGAUUGACUUGUCAAAUUUUUAAGAAAUUUUUUCUAGA